AUGGGAGGGUUCUUCCCGCCGGAAAAAUCAGCCCACAAGCUGACCCGCAAGAAUGGACAGAGGAAAACUCCCUCACACCUGCGAACGGAGGGGUCGACUCAGCCGAGCCAGGCUUGGGUUGGUAGACAGGAUAGAGGCCAUUCGACCGAGGUGAAGGCGAACAUAAGCCGUCCCUCGACUAAGAGGCACCAGAUGGGAGGACGGGGCUACUUGGAAAAUCUGGUCAUUUCAAUGUAUACACAAAGGGUAGAAGACCGAGCAGCAAACCACGUUAAGCGCCUUGAGCAGGUUGUGAAGGGUAUGGCCCUGAACAGACGUCUCUGUGAAACGGACGUCCCGUAG